GAUACAGACAUACAGCAAUUAUUUUCUUUCAUUUUCUUGUAGUUGACUUAGGAACUUGGGAGAGAUACAACAAAUAUUUAUCUACAAAUUAAUUUAAAAUUGUAUAUAUAAGUUGGAGGGAGGCCUGCAGCUCUUGGAAGAUUCCGCUGUGGAAAAAAGCCUCCAAAAAAGUCUUAUGUUAAAACUGAAGAGUCGUCACACAUAACACGCAAAAACCUCACUUUAAGCAAGUCUUCUUUCUUCUCCAAAAUUUUUUUUGCCUUCAAUUCUAAGGAUUUUCUAGAUCAUUCCUGUGAAAAGAUGAGUGACAAUUUGAUGGAGAAAGUCAGCGCUUUUGGUGAGCGCUUAAAGAUCGGGGGAUCUGAGGUGGGGCAAAAGAUUACUGCGGGCGUGAGCUCUGUUAGUUUCAAGAUGAAGGAAUUCUUCCAAGGUCCGAAUCAGGCUGAUAAGCUUGUUGAGGAAGCCACUGCCGAAACUCUUGACGAGCCUGAUUGGGCCACGAAUCUUGAACUUUGUGAUAUGAUCAAUCAUGAGAGGGUCAGCAGUGUUGAGUUGAUCAGGGGAAUAAAGAAAAGGAUUGUGCUGAAAAGCCCUAGGAUUCAGUAUCUAGCCCUUGUGUUGCUAGAAACUGUUGCAAAGAAUUGUGAGAAGGCGUUCUCGGAGAUUGCAGCCGAGAGGGUGCUGGAUGAGAUGGUGAAGCUGAUUGAUGAUCCACAGACUGUGGUCAACAAUCGGAAUAAGGCUCUGAUAUUGAUUGAAUCGUGGGGAGAGUCCAGUAAUGAACUUCGUUACUUGCCGGUUUAUGAAGAAACAUAUAAGAGUUUAAAAUCAAGAGGAGUUCGGUUCCCUGCCCGCGAUGAAGAGAGUCUAGCUCCAAUAUUUACUCCUGCAAGAUCUGUCGAAGCUUCACAGCCUAAUGCGACACUUGGACAGCAACUCCAUUAUGAUAUCCCUGUACAGAGCUUUUCUGCAGAACAGAUAAAAGAAGCAUUUGAUGUGGCAAGAAACAGUAUCGAGCUUCUAAGCACUGUUUUAUCCUCUUCCCCGCAGCAGGAUGCUCUUGAGGAUGAAUUAACCACUACCCUUUUACACCAAUGCCGCCAGUCGCGUUACACUGUUCAGAGAAUCAUCGAAACAGGCGGGGAUAACGAGGCAGUUCUUUUUGAAGCAUUGAAUGUAAAUGACGAGAUCCAAAAAGUUCUGUCCAAAUACGAAGAGAUGAAGACGCCCUCGGGGUCUCCAAAGGGGCCAGAGCCUGCCAUGAUCCCGGUCGCUGUUGAGCCCGACGAUUCACCUGCUGCUGGGAAAGAAGAAUCCCUGGUCAGAAAGCCUCGGUCGGGCAGCAACGGUGGGAAUAACAACGAAAUGAUGGAUGAUCUCGAUGAGAUGAUCUUCGGUAAGAAGUCCGGAGGUGGCACGUCGGAAGCCGGAGGGCAAGAUGCUAAGAAACAGCAACUACCCAAAGACGAUCUCAUCUCCUUCUAAGUAGAUUCACUUGAAACAUUAUUGAUAUUGAGCUUGUUGAUACUUUUGACAUCUGAUAUACUGGAGUCACCUUGAACGAUAUGCCAUUGUGCACUCUCUUCUUUUUU